AUGUAAAAAAAGAAAAAUUUCUUGAAAAUUGUAAUCUUGGGAGAUUCAGGAGUUGGAAAAACAACAUUGCUCUAGUAAUUCUUGCAAGGAAAAGUAACAGCAAAUGCGAAGCCGACGAUAGGAGCAGACUUUUCAAAGAAGGAAUUGACAGUUGAUGGGGUGAGUGUGACCUUACAAAUUUGGGAUACUGCUGGAUAGGAAAAGUUCUAAUCUCUGGGCUAUGCAUUUUAUAGAGGUGCCGACUGCUGCGUUUUGUGCUACGAUAUUACAAAUAAGAGGACCUUUGAAAACUUAGAUAGAUGGAAAGAAGGUUUUAUUGAGAAUGCUGCACCAUAUGACAUUUAAACAUUUCCUUUCAUGCUACUUGGGAAUAAAAUAGAUAAAGAAUACGACAGGAAAGUUGACUCCCAAGAAGCCUAGGAAUGGGCUAAAUAAAAUUGUGAUAUGCUCUUCUACGAGACUUCAGCCAAAGAAGGAUUGAGUGUAGAGUAAGCAUUUAACAAACUAUCUAAAAAAGCGCUAGAUAGAGAAUCAAGAAGCAUAUUUUCAAUUCCAGAAUCUAUAGGAGGUGCCAGCGGAGCAUUGUCAUUAAAGAAAGGAUAAGAGAAAAAUUCUGCUAUGAGCAACGGUAGUAAAACUAAAUAAAAAUCUUCAUGUUGCUGA